AUGCAAGAGAUUGACAUCGUUGGAGGGGAUCCUGGAAUUCUUGCGGUGCCGACACCAAGAAGAUUUGAAGCUCCAGAGUUCAUUCGGAACUGGACGCCAGAAGAACGACAUGCUGCUGAAAAGAGAUUGAAGGCAAAGAUCGAUCUCAGGUUGAUGCCUAUGAUAAUCUUGAUGUAUAUCAUGAAUUAUCUGGACAGAAAUAAUAUUGCUGCCGCCAAACUGGCAGGCAUUGUCACAGAUUUGAACCUCAAGGGCUCUGAAUUCAAUACAGCUGUCAGUAUCCUAUUUGUCGGAUACCUUCUCAUGCAAGUCCCCUCAAACUUGUUCUUGAACAAGAUCGGGAAGCCUUCACUUUAUCUCCCAACUUGCAUGAUUGUCUGGGGUGCGAUAUCAGCGGCAACAGCAGCUUGUAAAGGCUUUGGUGGUCUUAUUGCAUGUCGAUUCAUGCUUGGUUUCGUAGAAGCUGCUUACUUUCCUGGAUGCCUGUACUAUCUUUCAUGCUGGUACACACGAAAAGAGCUAGGUCUCCGGACCGCAAUGUUCUACUCCGGUGCUCUCAUCAGCGGCGCAUUCUCUGGAUUAAUCGCAGCCGGCGUCAAGGCUCAUAUGAAUGGACUUAGGGGAAUGCUAGCUUGGAAAUGGCUCUUCAUUAUCGAAGGAGUGGCUACCAUAGCAAUCGCUUCCUUCGGCUACUUCAUUCUGCCAGACUUCCCGCGAACUACGACCUGGUUGACUGAUGAAGAGCGUCAACUGGCUAUUUGGCGACUCGACGAAGAUAUAGGCGAGGACGAUUGGAUUGACAGCCAACAUCAAUCCUUCAAGGUUGGACUGAAGCUUGCGUUCUCUGACAUCAAGACUUAUGUUCUCAUGUUUAUGCUCUUUGGCAUUGUUGCCUCUGGAACAGUGACGAAUUUCUUCCCGACGGUGGUUAAAACACUCAAAUACAACGACGUGAACACUUUGCUAUUAACAGCUCCGCCAUACGUUUUGGCAGUCAUCACAACCUUCCUCAAUUCGUGGCACGCUGAUCGAACCGGAGAGCGUUUCUUCCACAUUAUCGUCCCUCUUUGCUUCGCCAUGAUCGCAUACAUCCUGGCGGCUGCGACGACCCACACAGGAGCUAGAUACUUUGCUAUGAUGCUCAUGGUUCCCGGCGUAUAUUCCGGCUACGUAGUCGCCCUUCACUGGAUCAGCAACUCAAUGCCUCGUCCACCAGCAAAGCGAGCAGCAGCCCUAGCAUUCAUCAACGCUGUCUCAAACACCAGUUCAAUCUAUGCGAGCUACAUGUAUCUCCCCAGCGCAAGCCCGAAAUAUAUAGUGGCUAUGAUCGUGAACUGCGCUAUGGCUCUGAUGGCAAUCGUGGCGGCGAUUAUUUUGAGGAUGAUCCUGGUGAGGUUGAAUAAGAAAUUGGAUGCUGGCAUCUUUGUUGAGGGGGCGAUCAAUUCGGGGACGACUGAGGCGGGGAAGAAGGGCUUCAGAUUCAGAAUCUGA